AUGGAGUUGUAAUCUCCCAAAGGAAGUAUGCUCUUGAUAUAUUACAAGAAACAGACAUGAUUGAUUGCAGACCGGUAGACAGUCCCAUGGACCUAAACCAGAAAUUAAAGAUAGAAGAAGGUGAAUUAUUCUCUGAUCCAGAGAGGUAUAGGAGACUUGUUGGAAAACUGAUUUAUCUCACUAUUACAAGGCCAGAUCUGUCCUUUGCAGUUGGAGUGGUUAGUCAGUUCAUGCAGGCUCCAUGUGUUGACCAUUGGAAUGCUCUCAUUCGCAUUCUAAGGUAUGUCAAAAAGGCUCCCGGGCAAGGACUGUUAUAUGAAGAUAAAGGAAGCAUUCAAGUCUCUGGGUAUUGUGAUGCAGAUUGGGUAGGCUCGCCUAUUGAUAGACGGUCUACUACACGAUAUUGUGUUUUUUUGGGAGGAAACAUUAUUUCAUGGAAAAGUAAGAAACAAAAUGUAGUAGCUCGAUCAACANCGGAAGCUGAGUAUAGGGCAAUGGCGUCACUAACAUGUGAACUUAUAUGGGUGAAACAAUUCCUUCAAGAGCUUAAAUUCUGUGACAUCCAUACUAUGAAGAUGUAUUGCGACAAUCAAGUUGCGCUCCACGUUGCAUCAAAUCCAGUGUUUCACGAGAGGACUAAACAUAUAGAAAUUGAUUGUCAUUUUGUUCGUGAAAAGUUGUUGACUAAAGAAAUAUGUACUGAGUUUAUUGGGUCAAACGAUCAACUCGCAGAUGUAUUGACUAAAUCAUUAAGGGGUCCUCGGAUUGAGUUUAUUUGUUCCAAGCUUGGUACAUAA